AUGUUCGUGUCCGACAAAGAGGUGGGUCACACUUUCGCCUAUUGGUACAAGAGGUAUGGCACGGUCAUCAGGGAUUCGGUCUUGCUGGAUAGCAAGAAGCACGAUUUGAACCUCAUGAAGCUGGACGAUGAUGCAUAUCUCAAAUAUGCGGAUGACAUACUGCCGAAACAACCGCACGAGAUCGAUUUCGAGACGACGGUGCAGAUCUGGAGAAGCUUUUCGCGUCAAAGAAGACGCUGA